UACACACAUCAUUUUGUACAAGUAACAAAAAGCAAUAGCAAUAAAAAAACAUAGAAGAACAUCCUCAAAAUGAGCUUUAGGUGUUUCAGUUUCGCCUUGUUUCUGUUACUUCUCACAUUCAUUUCCCAUGUGAGUGCCAGUUAUAUCCCAAACAAAAAAAGUUUCAAAUCCAGAAGCUUCAAAAACCAAUUUCUGAUCCCCCAGAACAUUGCUCGAGCCGCGGUGGGGUUACGACCAUUAGUGUGGGAUGAUAAACUAACACAUUACGCGCAAUGGUACGCGAACCAAAGGCGUAACGACUGUGCCUUGGAGCAUUCUAAUGGUCCAUAUGGUGAGAACAUUUUCUGGGGUAGUGGUGUUGGAUGGAAUCCAGCACAGGCAGUAAGUGCUUGGGUUGAUGAGAAACAGUUUUACAAUUAUUGGCACAACUCUUGUGUUGAUGGAGAAAUGUGUGGACAUUAUACACAGGUUGUUUGGGGUAGCACUACAAAAGUUGGAUGUGCUAGUGUUGUGUGUUCUGAUGAUAAAGGUACUUUCAUGACAUGUAACUAUGAUCCUCCUGGGAAUUACUAUGGAGAGAGACCUUAUUGAAUGGAAAUGCCUAAUUAAGAGGGGAUUGAAGAAAGCAUUAGCAACAAGACAGACACAGCUCAAUAAUGUGACUAUAGGUUAUUAGCCACACCCUCUUUGUCUGUUUGGCAUGUGGUCUUAUUGAUUGGAUACUGUCUGUUGUAUUAAAUUGUUUAACUCCUCUGUAUCUGUCUUUAUUGUUUGCUUAAUGUAUUACUUCAUCUAUUGUUUGGCUUUUUAUAUUUUUUUAGUUCCACACCAUAACUGCAUUUUGAAGGUGUUUAUGGUAUGUUUUUCUAAGGAUUUGUUUAAUGGUAAAAAAGACCCGUCUUUAAGGUUCCGAA